GUACGCUUUUUACUAUCACGACCAGCUACUUCCGUGUGGUGUCAGCUUUUAGUACGUGUCCAUAUAUACAUGUCACUGUCACUGCAGGUCUGGAUAUAAACAGGUGCCAGGUUGGCGUUCACGCACCACCGCUGGAGUACAGAUCCUCUUGCCGCGACACUGGUAUCACCUGGCUGUGACAACAUAGGUUGACAGGGCACCCUUGGCAGUUGACCCACUCGAGCUCCAUUCCUGAAGGAAGAUUCCUGAAAACGAGGCUAGGCCCUGGAGACAGCUAGCAGGCAACCAUGAAACAAGUAACAGCUGUCAUCGUUGGAGCAGGCAAUAGGGGGCAAAAUUAUGCCGAAUUUGCGGAUGAAUUUCCGGAAAAACUGAAGGUUGUUGGAGUGGCAGAACCAAGGGUGUUUUAUAGGACGAAAAUGCAACAGACGUAUGGAAUACCGGACACUGCUGUCUUCUCAGAUUGGAAGGAGUUGCUCAAAAUUCCCAAAAUGGCUGAUUUAGCGAUUAUUGCAACUCCUGAUCAAUUGCAUAAGGAGCCUGUUGUUGCACUAGCUAAGAAGGGAUAUCACAUUCUGUUAGAGAAACCCAUGGCGACAACUGAGCAAGACUGUAUAGAGAUCGUGGAGACAUGUAAACAGGCCGGGGUAAUGCUAGCCGUGUGUCACGUGUUAAGAUACACGUUGACUGCUAGGAAAAUCAAAGAAAUCAUCGACAGCGGAGUGAUUGGAGAGGUCACACACCUGCAGCUCCUGGAACCUGUAGGGUUUUGGCACUUUGCCCAUUCGUAUGUCCGUGGAAACUGGAGAAAUGAACGCCAGAGCUCUUUCUCCUUAUUGGCUAAAUCCUGCCAUGAUCUUGACCUACUGAAUUUUUGGAUGCAUCCGGCAAAGGUCUCCAGGAUCUCAUCUAUGGGGAGCCUGAUGCAUUUUACCAAAGAAAAUAAGCCUCAGGGAGCAUCGUCAAGAUGCAUGGACUGCUCAAUAGAGAACUCGUGUCCGUAUUCGGCCAAGAAACUCUACCUAGACGAAAUGGUUAAACAGGGCAACACUCGCUGGCCAGUGUCUGUCAUCACUGAUGUCCCUGACAUAGAAAGUGUCACCGAGGCUUUGAAGACUGGACCGUAUGGGAGAUGUGUCUACGACUGUGACAACGAUGUUAUGUCCAACCAGGUUGUAAACUUCCAGUUUGAUGGGGGGCAGACCGCUUCGUUCACUAUGGUCGCAUUCACGGAGAAGAUUUGUGCCAGGCAGGUGCAAGUGUAUGGAAGCAAG